UGUAAAACAUAUACAAAUAUCAUAUAUAAUUAUAGAAGAAUUAUUCAUAUCGAUUGAUAGCUCAAUAUGUGGGCAAAGCUGAAGUUUUCAAAGAUCGUCAAAUUAGGUUUAGUUGAGAAGGAAUCGAGACAAGUUGACAAAAGCUUAAACGUAAUUAAUGAGGAGUAUGUUAAUGCAUUAAGAACUAAAUCCUUUGGUGAGCUUUUAAACAAGGCUAAUCACCAAUCUUCUUCUUCUUUAUGCCAUAACAAAUGUUUUGAAACUCUUCUAGAACCAAGCCAAGAAUUCAUACCUAGUAUUCUUGAAUCAUCAUCAACCCUAAUACUCUCCAAAAAUAUACCUCAAUUGAAAACCCUUUUACUCAACUACUUCGACAUAACCGCUGAGGCUUCGAAAUUUUGUAGCCAUCUCCUCAAGGGCAUCAACCAAAUUCAAUCCACCUACCUUCUCAUCAUAACACAAGUGUUCGACCGAAUUAUAGAUUGUGAUGGUGAUGAUGUCAAGUUGAUCAUUUCAGAACUAAAUUACUCGAUAUUUUCAAGUCCAAACAAGUUCGGUUUCAAGCUGAUUCAUGAGAAGUGUUCCUCGAUUUUGCAUCGCUUGAAAUCGAUGAGAAAGAAAGUAACAAAGAAGAUCAAAAUUAUCAAGUGCUUCCAAAAGGGUUUUGGGAUUUGCAUAACCCUAGCAGCUCAUGCUGCUAGUUUUGUUUUUGUAGGGCCAGUCUUUUUUAGCUUCCCUAUUAAGCGCACGGCGGGUAAACUCUCCUCUUUGCCAUUUUUGAGAAGCGGAGCUCUCAGAAAAGUUGGAGACCAACUUGAUUUAGCAGCUAAAGGAACUUAUAUCUUGGAUAGGGAAUUCGACACGAUGAGCAGGCUCAUGGUGCGAGUUCAAAAUGGGCUUGAGCACAACAAGACAAUCCUAGAGUCUUUCUUGGAGAGGAGAGAGCAUAGCUUUUGUUUGGAGGUGGUUAAAGAUGUUAUUAAUAAGGGUGAUUUAGGGUUUAGAAGACAUGUGGAGGAGUUGAAGGAGCAUGUUUAUUUGUGUCUUGUGAAUAUCAAUAGGGCUAGAACUUUGGUGAUGAAGGAAAUUAUGAAUUAGCUAAGCAAUAUAUAUAAUUAGAUUCACAUUUCAUAUAUAUGCAUGUAUGAAGGUUAAAAUUGAUUAUAAUUAUGAACAUCUAGUCUUAUAUAAGUAGUUAGUAGUUAUUCAUUUUAUAUAUUGUAUACA